AGCACUCAGUCAGUGUGUGUCGGUUGCUCGAGGUGGAGAAGGGACACUGGAGCUGCCUUGUGGAGAAGCUCACUGGGAACGCGGCUAUGUCUCACUGAACAAAUUAUUUUGCAUUCCACUUGCGCAUCAGAAAACAUGAACAUGCAUUGAAUAUUACAAGUAACAAUUAACACAGAACUCUGCAUUUCACACAUAACAUGAGAGCAACGUAUUUUUAAAUUUUAAUGAAGUUUGUGAUUGCAAGAUUGGAAGUAUUGCCGAUCUAAUGCAACUUUCGCUUCAUCGAUGACUUAAUCCUGUUCGGCAGCAAGAUGAGUGAGUGCAAAGAAAUCCAUACCCAAGAGAGUUUGUGUCGCAAGUUUUGCUGUAUUCAUUCUUCGGAAUAAACUUACUCUCCUUCCCUCUCUGGCACCAAAACUGAUAAACUACCGUCAAGGAAAUGGUGUUACAAAACGCAGGGAUCGCGUGAACAGUGAGCCAGCAAACCGUAAAGCUUCAAGAGUACGAAGCCAGAAGGAACAAGAAUAUUAUGGAUGCUCAGGGUGUCGUGAUUUUCGUGUGGCUGAUGACGUCCCCGUGGUGCUGUGCUGGUGAAGGAGCUGCUGGGAAGGCCAGUGACGCUAACAAACUGUCCAUAGUGCCCCCAGGGUAUCUCCAGGAGCUCGCCCCGUGGCCUCAAGACGGCUCGCCACUCAUGAUAAACUUCAGCCUCAAAGUCAAUGCCAUCAUGGAGACAGACGAUAAACAGACGUCAGUGAUUCUCGACUCCUUCUUCCGAGUCACGUGGAACGACUGGCGCCUCAAGUACCCAGAGACGGAGGAGAGCGGCAAGGGGAGUGGUGGUGGCGGCGGCGGCGGGGACGAGGAAGUGCGGCAUACGAUCGUGAACCCCGUGCUGCUGGAGGAGGUGUGGUUGCCCGACCCUUACAUCUUCAUCGUGCGUGACAUCAACACCCUGCGUCUGCUGCUCAAGGAUGUGAGAGGAGUGCUACUAUACUCCGACGGAAGGCUGUUUGUCUCCAUCCUGACAAAGAUUCAUCUCGGGUGUUCCGCCAAAUUCUCGCGUUUCCCCUUCGACGAGCAGGAGUGUCGCCUGGCCAUCUACAGCUACAUGUACGAGGCCCCGGCCCUUGAGAUGCGCUGGCUACCCGAAGGUCUAGUGGUGGAUCCGCGAGUCAAGGACCAGCUCACCAACUUCGACUACACCUUCACCAUCGGCAACACCUCCUCCCACACCUGUCCGUGCUACAAGUGUAUUCCACCGGAGGCCCCCUGUGUGUACGCCACCCUGGUGCUGACGAGGAAGGUCCUGGGUCACCUGCUGAGCACCUUCCUGCCCUCGGGACUGUUCGUGGCGGUGUCCUACGCGUCACUCUUCUGGCCCGCUGACGUGAUCCCCGGCAGGACAGUGCUGGUCAUCACCUCGCUGCUCACUCUCGUCUCCAUGCAUACAGGCGUCAGGCAGUCCAGCCCCGAGACGAGUUACAUCAAGGCCGUGGACGUGUGGAUGAUCACCUGCAUCGUCAUGUCCGCCCUCAUGCUCUUCGAAUAUGGCCUCGUUCUCUUGUGAGUCUUCUCCUGGUGGUGGUGGUGGUGGUGGCUUCUGGUCGCCCUUCCAUCUGGUUACCUAUGUUUUAUCCGUCAACUCUGGAACUCUCCACCUGUUUCUCUUUUUUUCUUAUUACGACUUGAACUUUUAAGAUAAGAGUAUCAAAACAC